CCUGUGGGCGGCUGUUUUUCCCAGGAAAAUGGCUCUGGAUCAUUUCCUGCACGACAAGGUCUGGCUGGACAAGCACAAAUACGACGACGCCGAGCGCAGGUUCUACGAGCGCCUCAACGGCCCCCGAGGAGCCUCCAACCGCUCCCAGGAGAACGGAGCCAGCACGAUCCUGCGGGACAUCGCCAGAGCCAGGGAGAAUAUCCAGAAAUCCCUGGAAGGGCAGAAGACUCCUCUUCCUCCUCCUCCUCCUGCUCCUGCUCCUGCUCCUGCUCCUCCUGCUCGGAGCCGGGACGUUCCCUGUGGCCGUGCCCGGAAGCAGCCGGGACGCUCCUCCAGCGGCAGCGCCUCCGGAGCCGCCGGCGACCAGAACGAGCUCCUGGCCCGGAUUUCCCACCUGGAAGUGGAAAACCAAAACCUCCGCAGCGUGGUCUCCGACCUGCAGAUGGCCAUCUUCAAGCUGGAGAGCCGCCUGAACGCCCUGGAAAAAUCCUCCUCUGGCUCCCACCAGCCCUCACCCGUCCCUCCCACCCAGAAAGUGGAACCUUUCAGCGUUCCCUCCAAAAAAGUGGAGCUCCCGGCCAAGAAACCGGAGCCGGCGGCGGCCGAGGAGGAUGAGGAGGACGACGACAUCGACCUUUUCGGGAGCGACGACGAAGAGGAAGACCGGGAAGCCGCCAAAGUUCGGGAAGAGCGGCUCCGGCAGUACGCGGAAAAGAAGGCCAAGAAACCGGGAAUCGUCGCCAAGUCCUCCAUCCUCCUGGAUGUGAAGCCGUGGGACGACGAGACGGACAUGGCCAAGCUGGAGGAAUGUGUCCGUUCCAUCCGCAUGGACGGGCUGCUCUGGGGAGCUUCCAAGCUCGUCCCGGUGGGAUACGGAAUCAGGAAACUGCAGAUCCAGUGCGUGGUGGAGGACGAAAAAGUGGGAACGGACAUCCUGGAGGAGGAGAUCACCAAGUUCGAGGAUUACGUGCAGAGCGUGGACAUCGCUGCCUUCAACAAGAUUUAGAUGGAAAACUGGGAUCUUUUUCCCUCUGAAACGGGAAUAAUAAAGCUGAAGGUUGGAAGUGCA